AUGUCGGCUUCGCCGGAGCCCAGGCGGUUAUCGCUGGAGCUGCUCCCCCCUCCGGCCGACUACCACAGCCGCUCGCCGCUUCCUUCCAAAGCGGCGAAAAACGAAGCCCUCGCCGCGGGCGAAGACGACGAUCGAUUCCGCACGCCGACAACGGAGGAGAGCAGACUGAAUUCAACUCCGACGACCUGCCCGCCUCCGCCAGUGAAGAUAAAGCGCGGCGUUGGAUGCAAGAGGAAGCUAUCGGAGCUGGAGUUCUUCAAGGUGGAGGCCGAUGAGAUCGAGCGGCUCUUUCGCCCGAGAGAUCUGCAGUGCGUUAGAAGAAGAAGGGGAAAUAUUUGUCAUGAAGAGAGGGAAACCAGUUCCUCUUUGUCAUCUGUCUGA